AGUAGCCUAGUCCAGCGCGGCACACACCCCUGUCAUCGGAUCUGCAUUUGGAUUCGCUGCUACAAGAGCAUACAGUAAACCUGUCAAAGCCACUGUCUAGUGAAAUCUUUCCCGAUCACUAUGUGAUGAAUUUAAAAACGUGGGAUUUGCGCGCUGUAGGCUACGUCUGAUCCCAGCCCACGUGUUGGGGAGCCGUUGAGUGAGUGAAGUGUCAGCUUUGACAAGUUGCCAACACAAGGAUAUGGAGAAUCUACUGCCCUACCUGUCAAAAAGCCAUCACCAGGGAUGGAUGAGGGUCAUUGACAUGAAGAGCUCGUCAGUCCACUGGAUUUCAUGUGGUCAGCCCUUCAAUGAGCCAAUCACAUGGAAGCUGAAGUUCUGCAUCGCCACAGCCUUCCAACUGGUCAUGCUGGACCAAGAUGAGCUCCACCCACUGCUACAGCAGGAGCAGCGUGCAGAGUCCUGCACCGUGUGGCUACUACACCGCACCCACCGCACCCGGAGCAUCCCAGAGGGGGAGCAGACGCCCCCGGCCCAGCACAACCAGAACCAGCACCAGAACCAGCACCAGAACCAGCACCAGCACCAGAACCAGCACCAGAUCCAGAACCAGCACCAGAUCCAGAACCAGCACCAGCACCAGCACCAGAACCAGAACCAGCAGAGCACCCCCGAGCCGCCCCCUGAGCGUGUGUGUCGGAGGCGGAGCAUGCCAGGCAGCACUACAGAGAAGACCACGCCCCUGGAGGCCGGAGUCUCCACCCCCUUUAGGGUCACGGGUUUCCUGAGCCGCAGGCUGAAGGGCUCCAUUAAGCGCACUAAGAGCCAACCCAAACUGGACCGCCACAGCAGCUUCAGACACAUCCUGCCCGCCUUCAAGACCGGGGAGAAUGACCCUAGAUCCCAUCUGAUGCCGAGGUUGAAGGAGUCUCGCUCCCACGAGUCGUUGCUGAGCCCCAGUAGUGCAGUCGAAGCUCUGGACCUCAGCAUGGAGGACGAGGUGCUCAUCAAACCUGUGCACAGCAGCAUCCUGGGACAGGACUACUGCUUUGAGGUGACCACAUCAACAGGAAGCAAAUGUUUCUCCUGCCGCUCUGCAGCGGAGAGGGACAAAUGGAUGGAGAACCUACGGCGAGCCGUGCAUCCUAACAAAGACAACAGUCGUCGUGUGGAGAACCUGCUGAAACUGUGGAUUAUUGAAGCUAAAGACCUGCCCGCUAAAAAGAAAUACUUCUGCGAGCUCUGUCUGGAUGACACACUUUACGCGCGGACUACCUGCAAACUCAAAACGGACAAUGUCUUCUGGGGGGAGCACUUUGAGUUCAACAACCUUCCUGCCGUCAAGAGCAUCACAGUGCACCUCUACAAGGAGACGGACAAGAAGAAAAAGAAGGACAAGAACAACUAUGUGGGCCUGGUGAACAUCCCCAUAGGGGCAGUCACUGGGAGGCAGUUCAUGGAGAAGUGGUAUACCGUCAGCACCCCGAACCCCAACAAGGGCAAGGCGCCGGGCCCGAUGAUCCGCAUGAAGUCGCGGCACCAGAGCAUGUGCAUCCUGCCCAUGGAACAGUACAAGGAGUUUGCCGAGUACAUCACAAACAACUACCUGCUGCUGUGCUCCUUGCUGGAACCGGCCCUCAGCGUCAAGAACAAGGAGGAGAUGGCCUGCGCCCUCGUACACAUCCUGCAGAGCACAGGCAAGGCCAAGGACUUCCUGACGGAUCUGAUGAUGUCAGAGGUGGACAGGUGCGGCGACAACGAACACCUGAUCUUCAGAGAGAACACACUGGCAACCAAAGCCAUCGAGGAGUACCUCAAACUAGUGGGACAGAAAUACCUACAGGAUGCACUGGGUGAGUUCAUCAAGGCGCUGUACGAGUCGGAUGAGAACUGUGAGGUGGACGCCUCCAAGUGCUCCAGCUCCGACCUGCCUGAGCACCAGAGCAAUCUGAAGAUGUGCUGCGAGCUCGCCUUCUGCAAGAUCAUCAACUCCUACUGUGUGUUUCCACGUGAGCUGAAGGAGGUGUUUGCGUCAUGGCGUCAGGAGUGCGGUAACCGGGGGCGACCGGACAUCAGCGAGCGUCUGAUCAGCGCGUCGCUCUUCCUGCGCUUCCUGUGUCCGGCCGUCAUGUCACCGUCACUCUUCAACCUGACGCAGGAGUACCCCGACGACCGCACCGCCCGCACUCUCACGCUCAUCGCCAAGGUUACGCAGAACCUGGCCAACUUCACCAAGUUUGGCAGUAAGGAGGAGUACAUGUCCUUCAUGAACCAGUUCCUGGAGCACGAGUGGAGCAACAUGCAGCGCUUCCUGCUGGAGAUCUCCAACCCGGAGACCAUCUCCAACACGGCCGGCUUCGAGGGCUACAUUGACCUGGGCCGAGAGCUGUCCACCCUGCACUCACUGCUCGCAGAGGCUGUGGCUCAGCUGGACCAGAGCACCGCCUCCAAACUUGGUCCAUUGGCGAGGAUUCUGCGUGAUGUCAACGCAGCACUGGCCAAUCCCUGUGGAGCUCCUCUGGCCACACCCACUGAGAGGGUGGGGUCACCCAGUCUGCCCUCCUGCAGCCUCUCAACAGGCCUGCAGAAACUGGCCAUGGACGGAGAGCUGACCGGGCUGGUGGACUUCACCCGGUUACCGUCUCCGACGCCCGAGAACAAGGAGCUGUUCUUCGUGACGCGCGGCUCGGUAGUGACGCCAUCGCCCGCCCGCAGCUCCAGCUACUCCAACGAGGCCAACGAGGGCGAAGCCACUGGGCCGGCGUCCGGCGCCCUGCCCAACGGGACGCGCAGCCUCUCCCUGCUGGACCUGCAGGACACAGGCGGGCACAGCGGGCACAGCCUGGAGAGCGGGCCGAGUCUGGAGCUGCCGCCAGACGCUCAGUCUCCCACGGGUCUCCCGGGCGUCUGGGCCGGACACACACACACACACGCACACGCACACGCAGGCCCCACGCUGCGGAGGGGUGGGCCGCAGACCCCCACCACGCCGUGUGAGGGCAGCAGCAGCGGAGUGCCGGGCAGCAGUCGUGCCCAGAUGCUGGCGCCGCUGAGCUUCCAGAACCCCGUGUACCAGAUGGCGGCCGGGCUGCCGGUGUCCCCGCGCGGCGGUCAGGCGGACUCGGGCUCCGAGGGCCACAGCUCGGUCAGCUCGCAGGGGAACCCCGACGACACGCCCAACAACGCCCCCAAACACGGCUUCCUGCCCGACGACACGCCCAACGCCCCCAAACACGGCUUCCUGCCGCCGGGGGGAGGAGUCAGUGGGGGGGAGGAGUUUGGCGCUCGGCGCUCGGGGGAGUUCACCACGCGGUGCCAGCUGUCCCUCACGGAGACGCAGCAGCAGCAGCAACAGCAGCAGCAGCAGGGCUCGGUGGGGCCGGUACCGGGAAGCGUGCCGCGCCAGAACAGCGCCGGACCCCAGCGCCGCAUCGACCAGCCGCCGCCCGUCACCGUCACCAGGGGGCGCACUCCGCCCACCGUGCUCGCUAGCGCCCCCUACCCUCGGCCCUCCAGUGGCAGCAUGAUGUCCUCGUCCUCCCCAGACUGGCCCGCAGGGGGCAGCAGACUCCGGCAGCAGUCGUCCUCAUCGAAAGGAGGGGACAGCCCAGAGAACAAGCAGCGCACACUGCACAAGCAGGCUCCGUCUCCGGUGAACCCCAACGCUCUUGACCGCACGGCUGCCUGGCUGCUGAAUAUGAACGUGCAGUAUCUGGACCAGGACGGAGCCGACGGGGACUUCAAGAGCAAAGAUGAGCUCACACAGACAGAAAAGUACCAGCAGGAGGUGGCGUUGCUGCAGGAGCGUCUGCGUGCGUCUGCGCUGAAGCUGGAGGAGUAUGAGCUGCGGCUGGCCAAUCAGGACGAGCAGACGCACAAGAUGCUGCUGGAGUACCAGUCUCGCCUGGAGGACACCGAGGACCGCCUGCGGCGUCAGCAGGACGACAAGGAGCUGCAGAUGAAGAGCAUCAUCACCAGGCUGAUGUCAGUGGAGGAGGAGCUGAAGAAAGAUCACUCGGACAUGCAGGCCAUCGUGGACUCCAAGCAGAAGGUCAUCGAGGCCCAGGAGAAGAGGAUAGCGUCUCUGGACGCGGCUAAUGCGCGGCUCAUGAGUGCCCUGACGCAGCUGAAGGAGCGCUACAGCAUGCAGACCCGCAACGGCAUCAGCCCCACCAACCCCAGCAAGCUGCAGAUCACCGAGAACGGGGAGUUCAGAAACAGCUCCAACUGUUAACCUACACACACACCAUCACACACACACACACACACACACACACACACACACACACACAUAUAUAUACAUACACAUACUCAAUGGUAUCAGUCCCACCAAACUACAGAUCACAGAGAACGGAGAGUUCAGAAACAGCUCGAACUGUUAGUGUGCACACUGUUCCACACACACGCACACACACACAUGCACACACACACACACACACGCACACACACACGCACACACACACGCACACACACACACACACACACACACACACGCACACACACACACAUGGAAUAUCAUCACCAUCGGACAGAACCAAGGAUGAGCACACACACACACACACACACACACAUCCCAGCAGAGCCAGGACUUCAUCCCCUAAAACACCCAGAUCACACCCCCCCACAACGCCAGAUCUGCUCCCCCACAACGUCAGGCCUGCACCCCAGAGACUCCAGACCUGCACCCCAACAACACCAGACCUGCACCCCAGAGACUCCAGACCUGCACCCCAACAACACCAGACCUGCACCCCAGAGACUCCAGGCCUGCACCCCAACAACACCAGACCUGCACCCCAACAACACCAGACCUGCACCCCAGAGACUCCAGACCUGCACCCCAGAGACUCCAGGCCUGCACCCCAACAACACCAGGCCUGCACCCCAGAGACUCCAGGCCUGCACCCCAACAACACCAGGCCUGCACCCCAACAACACCAGGCCUGCACCCCAGAGACUCCAGGCCUGCACCCCAACAACACCAGGCCUGCACCCCAACAACACCAGGCCUGCACCCCAGAGACUCGUGCUCCUCUGCUCCCCAAAUCUCUCCAUCUCUCUCCCCACUGGGGCUGGAACGUUAACGGGACGUUCUCUAGCAAACGCUGGAACGUUAACGGGACGUUCUCUAGCAAACGCUGGAACGUUAACGGGACGUUCUCUAGCAAACGCUGGAACGUUAACGGGACGUUCUCUAGCAAACGCCUCCAAGCGUCUCCGGUGGGACUUGCCCGGUCUUCCCCCCACGUCCAGCCCUCUCCUCCAUGUCUAGAGCGCAGUGUGCACCACCCUCUCCUCCAUGUCUAGAGCGCAGUGUGCACCACCCUCUCCUCCAUGUCUAGAGCGCAGUGUGCACCACCCUCUCCUCCAUGUCUAGAGCGCAGAGUGCACCACCCUCUCCUCCAUGUUUAGAGAGCAGUGUGCUUGCUUGUUUGUUUGUUUGUUUGCUUGCUUGUUUGUUUGUUUACUCAAGCAUCCUGUGCACUAACUUGUUCUCUCAUCUUUUCAAAGUCCUUCCAGCUUUUGACCUUUUGGUUUGCAGCAUGUUGCGUAUAAAAUGUAUUGUUCUGAAAAACAGCUCAUGUUGCACUCGUUUUAAUUGCACUUCAUAUAUAACAUCGGCGGUUUUGUUUUGGUGCCUCCCUCCGCGUAGUUGACCCCCACAUCUGGCCUGGAUCUGGCCCAGGUGCCGCGUCCUGUCUGUCCGAGUGUCGCUCUUGUGUGGUGGCUUUGUUGCGCGUGAGUAGAGUUGCGCGUGAGUAGUAUGAUGCAUUAGGUCUUACCACACGCGCACGCGCGGGCCUCACUGCAUUCAGCUCACCAGGGCUUUAACAGCACAAGACGUUUGCUUCAUUAAGUAACAGUAACAAGAGAAACGUUCCCAAUGUUAUUUGUUGUUAUUUUCUUGUGCAUAAAUAUCAGUGUAUUUAGGGGGCCCAAGCCCACGUUGAGAUGUACAUAGAAUACUACACAUAUUUUGCUUUUGGGUUUGUUGAUUUUUUUUUUUAUUAUUAUAAUUACUAUUCAAACUUUUAAAAGAAAACAAUAUUUUGUACAGUGAGUGUAACCUGUGUUGAAUUCUGUUGUGUUCUUGUUAGCGGAGAGCCCACCGGACAGUAGCGAACUCUGACACAGAGGUCCAGUCAGAACCAGGACUCGGACGGCGUCAGAGAGUCUCUCUCUGUCCAGGCAAUAAGCUCCAGAGGGCUGUUCCAAUUACAUGGUUUAAUGACAACGCUGGUUAAGAUAACUCAAUAAUUACAUAAGUGGUAAACCUCCUAAUAUAAGAGGCCUACAGCUUUGUUUUUGUUAGGAGAGUGAUGCCGUGGGCUUCUAUUAGGAGGUUUACCACUAGCUGAGAGUAAAGGUUUGUCUGUAAGCCGUGUUCUUGGAUCCUCCUGGUGUGAUCUCUGGCGUGGGUUCUUUAGAUGCGUCCAGGUCUGCGCUACUCUGCGGCUUCCCCACUUCCGCCCCUGUACUCGUUCCCCAUUGGAGGCUGUAGUUACGGCGCUGUGCUGUAGCGCCACCAUGAGGCGUGGAGGGCAGAGCAUCUCCAUUUGAAACGUCAUUCACACAUACAGUAUCUGCAGUCACAUUGUUGAGUUUAGACCGUGUGUGUGUGUGUGAGAGUGUGUGUUGAGUUUAGACCGUGUGAAUGUGAGAGAGAGAGAGUGUGUGAACGGAGAGUUCAGAAACAGCUCUAACUGUUAGUGUGCGCACUGUUACACACACACGCACACACACACACACACACACACACACACACACACAGCACCAGAGAGAGAGAGAGAGAGAGAGUGUGUGUUGAGUUUAGAUCGUGUGUGUGUGUGUGUGUGUGAGAGAGAGAGAGAGAGAGAGAGAGAGUGAGCGAGAUUGUUUGCCCAUAGUUAAUAAUUGUCAUUAUUCAAUUGUCUAUUUUAAGCAUCUUUUCUUGCUUUUUUUUACAAUGCAUUUUUCCAACUUGGCAUUUGUACAGAAUUAUUUAUACUUUGCUUUUAAAUUGUGGAAAUUGGUUACAGUUAUUUAUUUAAUGUUCUGUUUCUGUUCUGUCCCAGUGUAAAAACAAAUGUGUUAUCUAAAAAGGUGUUGGCUGUACGAGGACAUAAGACUGAUGCCCCGCCACAGCAGCAAGCUUGCUUAAACUUGCUUACUUAAAGGGUCUUACACAAACACAUUAGAUCAGCUGUGUUGUGCCCCUGACCACUAACUGGUGUGGUUCAGUGGGUUCUGUUACCAUUUGUUAUGUUUUACAAACUUCAGGGGAUUUUCUCCAUGAGGAUGUUUUUAUUUGUUUGUACAUAAAUCCUAACUCUGCCAUAUGAAUCUCUUUGAAAGGCAAUAGUACCGCAUAUGCAUCCCACUUCACCGGUCGGAGCUGAGCGUGUCACGUGUCACUUCCUGCAUCCCACUUCACUAGUCGAAGCUGAGCGUGUCAGCGUGUCACUUCCUGCAUCCCACUUCACUAGUCGGAGCUAAGCGUGUCACGUGUCACCUCCCACGGCUCCCGCUCCGCAACCCUCCGUUCUGUGACAUGCAUGGAUGUGGAAGACCGUAAAUGCUUCUAACAUUGUGUACCAUCCCAUACGAAGCCUUUUUGUAUGUGUGUCUCCAAAGUAACAUUUGCAGGAUUGCUUUCUGUAAAUACAUCAGAACUUCAAAAACAAAAACAGUCUAAACACUAUAUGAAGAGUUGUUUGUGUUUAAGAAAAAAAAAUGUGUCUGUGCAAUUCAUGUACAAUUGCAGCUAGAACUAUUAAAGUUUUAUUUAGCUAUUUUAA